UUAAAAUAGCAAAAAAUCUUAUUCUUACAGCUUACCGGUUUUUUCAAGUAAACAAAUAAAAAAGCUUAUGAUUUUGUGAUUUGCUCUGUGAUUUUACAAGUUUUUAAUCAUGAUGAGAAAAGCUUAUGUGACCAAACCAGGGAUGGCUGGCAAGGAGUCGAGUCAUCAGCCCAUCACCCCAAUGGACGAGGAUGAUUACCUCCUGGAUGAUCCUGAUGAUGAUUUGAUUUGUAGUCAAAUCUUGGAUUUACCUGAUGAAUCAUCAGGAUCUGGCCAGCCAUCACCGAUAGAGCCUCAAUUCAAGAGACCAGAUCCCCCACCGCCUCUUCCACAGUCACCAGCCCAUCGAUCUGUCCAGCAAUUUGUCCCUCCACCAAGUGCAUCCAAAGGUUCCGAGGCGAUGUUCGACAAGCUAAAUGGGGAAAUCAUCAUGCUCAGGGAACGCUUGGAGAUCGCCAAGAAACAAUUGGAGGAGGAAAGAGAAGCCAAGCAAAAAUUAUGGGACGAGAAGGAAGCUGCCGUUAGUGAACUCAAGGAACAAUACGAUAAAAAGCUAAACAAUAUUCAAGCUAAAUUGGACUUCAAAGAACACGAUUACACUCAACUCAAAAUGAAAGUAAACGAAUUGGAACGACAGUUGCGAAUGGCUAAAAGUCAAUUGGACACUCAAACGUCAUCAAAACCUCUUCCUUACUCACUGCCAAUCGUGAUGCAUCGUACACUCGAUUUCUCUACCAAUAAAGGUUUCGUUGAUUGGGACGAUAGCGUCACCCUUAAUGAUGUGCCAGAUUGACCUGGAAAUACUAAAGGUUUAACUUCAUUUUUAUUAUUGCUUAAAUCAGCCAACUCAUAACAAUCUUACAUGAAAAACAAUGUAAUCGCCAUCAUCAUCAUCACUCAUUUGGCCAGUCACAUCAUUAUCAUCAUUAUUUUCAUUGUGUUCGACCAAAAUCUGGUCAUUAAAUUUUCAUAGUGCCUUAAAAAAUCUCUAGAGUUAACUUUGCUAUUUAUGGCAAUCAAAUGUAGAAAAAAAAAUUGACAAAUGAUUAAUGAAAACAUUAAAGUGCUUUAAAGAAGCAAUGAAAUUAACAUUAGCCAA